AGCAAGGAGAAUAACACAAGCGAGCCUGUCCCAGCCCCAGGAACCAGUACUGCUGAGAGAACUGCAGCCUGCACAGAAACAUGUCUGUGGGAUCUUUAGACACAUUCUAUAUUCUCCUGCUUAUCAUCUCAUCGACAUUGGCCCAGGACUGUUCCCAGGCCUGUUCCUGCCCUGCAGCCCCCCCGCCCUGUGCGCUGGGCAGCAGCCUGGUCCUGGACGGCUGUGGCUGCUGUAAGGUGUGUGCCCGGCAGCUGGGGGACCCCUGCUCCCUGCUGGAGCCCUGCGACCACCACAAGCAGCUCUACUGCGAGUACACCCUGCUCAGCGACUCCGACAUCGGCAUCUGCAUGGCUCAGGAGGGUCAGACAUGUGACCUGGGGGGGGUGAUUUACCGCAGCGGGGAGUCCUUCCAGCCCAGCUGUAAGCACCGCUGUGUGUGUAUGAACGGAGAGAUAGGCUGUGUGCAGCUGUGUGCCAGUGCCUUCCUGCUGCCCUCCCCUGACUGUCCGUACCCACAGCGCAUACACAUCCCCGGGAGGUGCUGUGAGGAGUGGGUGUGUGCGCAGACGCCACCGGACCACCAAUACCAGUCAGUGCUGGCCGGAGCCUCUCAGAUUCUCCCCUUACCCUCUUCAGAUCCAGUUUUCAGGCAGGUGUUUCCUAAUGGACCGCAGGCAGAGAGUCCCAGAGAUAACUGUAUAGUCCAGACUACAGAGUGGAGUGAGUGCUCGGCCACCUGCGACAUGGGAGUCUCGUCCCGUGUAACCAACGACAACCAGCUGUGCCAGCUGGAAAGAGAGAGAAGGAUGUGCAUAGUCCGGCCCUGCAACACCCAGCAGGACAAAGAAAUCAAGAAGGGGAAGAAAUGCAUCCGGACACCAAAGGCCCAGCAAGGGUAUCGCUUCCGGCUGUCGGGCUGCUCCAGCUCCAGGAUAUACAAACCAAAGUUCUGUGGUGUCUGCACCGACAAUCGCUGCUGCAAACCACACACCACCAUCACAGCCGAGGUGGAGUUCCAGUGUCCAGAGGGAGAAGUGUUCACCAAAAAGAUGAUGUUUAUCAAGACCUGCUCCUGCCAUCAUGAAUGUCCACAAGAUAAUGACAUCUUCCUGGCGUCUAACACUCGGAGGAUGAUUGGAGACUAUGAGAACGAUAUGUGAUAUGCACACACUCAUUCAGACAUAUAGGUUAGUACUGCACCGUUAUAACAACCAACUGGAACUUAUAACUACACCUAGGCCAAACCUUCUGUGUACUCCAGCCUUAAAUUAACAGGUCGGUGAGAAAGAGAUAGCAUUUUCCUGUUUCACCUUUGUUUAAUUGAAGUGCAGCUCUUAGAUCGUCAGAAUUUACGAACCACCAUAUAUUAAAGGUAUGCAAUUUUGAGGACAGAGGCACUGACAAAGAAAUGUUAAGACAGAUUUCAGAUGCUUCAUAUUCGCUAUAUAUCCAUACCGAUAGUAAUCCCAUCAUAUAACAGUGGAUGUUGAUGUAUCAGAGUUUGCGUUGGUACCCCCAAAAUCAAAGAAAAGCUCAGGAUGAAUCUAAAUAUUUGCAACAAAAUCAAUUAGUCUCCUAGGCCCCACCUUCUAGCUUCACAUGAUAACAUGGUUGUAAUUAGGCAAAAUCCUUCCAUUUCGGUUCAAAAAUGACGUUUGGCAAGGUGUUGUAGAGAGUUAGACAAAAAUCAUCUGGUGCUAGAGACCAUCUUUGAACAGAAACUAGGGUUUCCCAUUUCCAAACAACACAACCAGCUGUUAUCACGUGACCUCAGUCUCACACUUAGAUCACUGAGCUCGUAAGGUAAAUUAACCUUUGAGCUGACUUUAUUAAGUUGUUUCAAAGAUAAAUGUGUGUGUACUUACUAAUAAGGCAUUCUACUGCAGAGGAUCUACAUGUCUGCAGGAUUAGAUAUUUAAAUAUAAAACGAGAGCCAAGAGCUUGAUUUUCUUGACUGUGUCUGUAAACUUGAGACAAUGCCUUUAAAAGUAUUUUAUCAAGUCCAACGUUGUUCAUCAUCUUAACAGAUUUGAAAUGCCUUGUUUGGACAAUACAGACCGUUGUUUGUUUUAUCUCAAGAUAUCUAUCUGAGAUUGACUGUUGCUGAACAGCAGCUACUGACACUCAAGGUGCAGCUGCAGGAAUGUUGCUACACACCUGUGCUACAUAUUUCUGAAAGUAUUACAAUACACAAUUUUUUUGGUUGUGUUUAAGGUCCAAUUGAAAUCAAAUGUAAUCCAUAUGCUUUGAAGGGUCCCUAUUCUGCUUUCUGGGGGUUUUCCCUGUCCUGUAGUGUGUUCUAUAGAUGUGUGUGCAUGUAAAUGGUCUGCAAAGGCUAAAAUCCCUGUGUUCGCUCCAGACGGAGUUUCUCUCCCACACACUCAUCUCCUGCCUGAAACGCCUCCAUUGGACUUCUUUGUUUACUUCCAUAACAUAGUGCCACACUAUGUAACACUUGUGCUUCUAUUGGCUAGCACUUUAACACAUUGUACGUGAUAGGCUAAGGGGUGGGACAUUUCUAAGUGUUUGACCAAUCUCGACAGAGGCGGCCAGCAAAGAGCAGACUGGGCUCUGGUUUCAGACGGAGGGUGAAAAGAGGUGCUGCAGCACAGGCAGUAUGAGAAACAUAAAGAGCUUUCUGAACAUUAAAGCAUGGAGACAUGUCACAGGAGAGACACUACAUACUAAUGUAAACUUGAAAGCAUAUUAGGGCCCCUUUAAAUGUUGGUUUGGUUGUGCAAGAAUAAGACCUGAAUAGUGUUUCUCUUUCUAUGUUCCAUAAGGAAGAGAGUUAAGCAGGACAGCUGAAAAAUAUAAAUGUCUUGUUUAGCUAGAGAACACAGGACUAAUGAUUUGCAGAAAAGUGACUGUAUAUAUGAUGUAACAAACAAACAAACAAACAAACAAACAAUAAGCCAUUUGAUUUCAGUUGGACUUUGAUAUGAUACCCUGCAUUGACUGCUGAUCUAUCUGGGUCAGUGUUUAAAUCAUAUUUGACAUUAUUAACAAUUACACUAUUCACAUUAUUUAAGGCAUUACACUUCAUUCUGACAGUAUGGUAAAGACAAAUAGCAUGACUAAAGAAUUUCUGUUACUAAUAUGUUCUUUAUAUUUAAAAAGUAAUGGAUGGACAAAGACUGUGUACAGUUUUGUACUCUAAUUUAUGCAACUUGUUUAUCACAGUGUUAUAAUGCUGUAACUGUGUCAUAUGUUUAUGUUUUUUCACUGAAACCCCUAAAAUAACAUACGAGUGAGUUAUUUUCUGUUGCACUUUUGGCCCUGUUCCAAUAAUAAAGUCUAUUUUUAUA